AUGCGGCAGACAACUCAUAAAUCGGGAUGUGCCAUGAGUCCAUUCUUAAUGUUAGUAUUGGCAUUUGUAUUUGCAAAUGAGGCGAGCUGGAUUGCAUGGGCAGCAGCCAUUGCUGGUGUUUUUGUGAUUACUUCAGUAUCACUUUCCAUUUUUCUUUUGCUCCAUCACCUAUCAGCGUACAAGAAUCCGGAGGAGCAAAAGUUUUUAGUUGGUGUUAUCUUGAUGGUCCCUUGCUAUGCUGUUGAGUCGUACGUGUCAUUAGUGAACCCAACGUUAAGUGUUGAUUGUGGAAUCAUCCGUGAUAGCUACGAGUCCUUUGCCAUGUACUGUUUUGGAAGAUAUCUUGUUGCUUGCUUGGGCGGCGAAGAAAGAACGAUUGAGUUUAUGAAGAGGCAAGGUGGUUCAAAUUCUAAGCAACCUCUUUUACAUUUUGUAUCUGAAAAGGGUAUAAUAAAGCAUCACUUCCCAAUGAAUUAUUUUUUAAAGCCAUGGAGAUUGGGUGAAUGGUUUUACCAGGUCAUCAAAAUUGGUAUUGUUCAAUAUAUGAUAAUUAAAACUCUUACUGCCAUUCUGGCCGUUUUUCUUGAAGCCUUCGAUGCAUAUUGUGAUGGAGAGUUUAAAUGGAAGUGUGGGUAUCCUUAUAUGGCAGUGGUCCUCAAUUUCAGUCAAUCAUGGGCCUUAUAUUGCCUAGUGCAAUUUUAUGCUGCUACGAAGGAUGAAUUGGAGCAUAUAAACCCAUUGGCAAAGUUUUUAACGUUCAAAUCAAUUGUUUUUUUGACUUGGUGGCAAGGUGUGGCUAUUGCAUUAUUUUAUUCGCUGGGUUUAGUGAAAAGCCCUAUAGCUCAGGCCUUGCAGUUUAAAUCAAGCAUCCAGGACUUCAUCAUUUGCAUAGAGAUGGGCAUUGCUUCCAUGGUUCACUUAUAUGUAUUUCCUGCGAAGCCAUAUGAGCUAAUGGGUGAUCGGUUCCCCGGCACCGUAUCAGUUCUUGGAGAUUAUGCUUCCGUGGACUGUCCAUUAGACCCCGAGGAAGUUAGGGAUAGCGAGCGACCUACCAAGCUAAGGAUUCCUCAGCCACCUAAUGUCGAUUUUAAGAGCGGAAUAAACAUCAAAGAUAGUGUCCGAGAUGUAUUUCUUGGUGGCGGUGAAUAUAUUGUAAAUGAUUUGAAGUUCACAGUCACUCAAGCGGUGGAACCAAUGGAAAAGGGUCUCACUAGGUUUAAUGAGAAGCUUCACAAGAUAUCUCAGAAUAUAAAGAAGCAUGAGAAGGACAAAAGGAGAACCAAAGAUGACAGUUUCAUAGGCUCCUCGUCGCCUUCUAGGAGAGUUAUUCGCGGCAUAGAUGAUCCGCUUUUGAACGGUACUGUAAGCGACUGUAGCUCGUCGAAGGGAAGACGACACCGUCGAAAAUCCGGCUAUAACAGUGCUGGGAGCGGCGGAGAAAGCAGUAGUGAUCAUAGUUUUGGCAGAUACGAAAUCCGUGGCUAUAGAUGGAUUACCAAGGAUUGAAAAUUUCUCACUAUUUUUUCAGGAGGAUUUACAUACAUACCACUUAAUUCCCUAUUUAUUUACAUAUUUCAACAUCUAAAUUUUAA